UCAGACAAGUGGCAGUUGAAGAAAAAGAAGAAAAAGGGUGGAUAAUGAUGAUGACAGUUGAGAGGGAGAGAAAGGACAGGCAGAUGGGGGAGCUUUGAUUCCAGAGCCAUAGUAACAGAGAGGAGAGGAGAGAAGGAGAGAGAGAGAGAGGAAGGGAAGGAAGAGAGAGAGAGAGAAGGAAGACUUCUUCUGAGCGCCACCAAACCAGGGACUCAAGUGCAAUUACUAACCAAGUGAGCAAGUGAGCGCACGCAAGAAGAGAGAGGGGGGAGAGCGGGAACCAUAAAGGAACGCACAGUGACAGAAGAAAAGAGAGAGAGAAAGAGAGAGAGAGGGGGGGGAACAAAACACUGUGGUGAGCGUGGUCCAAAGUGACAGCAGGGUUUAGGGGAAGCGGAGAAAAUUCCAGGAGGACACAACAGGAAAAGAAAAUGGAAGUAAGGAAAAGCACAUCAGAAGCUGGUCUUCAGCAACCACCACUGGACAGGAACACUUGAGGAGAAGGACCCAUUGCCUGCUAGUGUAGCGACGAGGAGAACAAGAGGAGAACAGGAGGAGAACAAGAGGAGAAAAGGAGAAGAGGAGAGGAGAGGAGAGCCAUGGGUGCCCAGUGAAGCUGCCGAGGGGGGUCUCUCUCUCACACACCCUGCCUGCUGCUCUGGUCAGGGAGAAGGUCUCGGCGUCCCAGGGGGGUCACUGAGCCCCAGAGGACAGAGGGGGGUCUACCACCCAACUGCAGCACCCUGUGAGGAGCGUCCGGCUGAAAACUGGCCAUGGGGGAGUGGACCAUCCUGGAGCGCCUCCUAGAGGCCGCUGUCCAGCAGCACUCGACUAUGAUUGGGAGGAUCCUGCUGACCGUGGUGGUGAUCUUCCGCAUCCUGAUCGUGGCCAUCGUGGGGGAGACGGUGUACGAGGACGAGCAGACCAUGUUCAUCUGCAACACCAUGCAGCCCGGCUGCAACCAGGCCUGCUACGACAAGGCCUUCCCCAUCUCGCACAUCCGCUACUGGGUCUUCCAGAUCAUCCUGGUGUGCACGCCCAGCCUGUGCUUCAUCACCUACUCGGUGCACCAGUCGGCCAAGCAGCGCGAGCGCCGCUACUCCUUCCUCUACCCCAUGCUGGAGCGGGACUACGGCCGCGAGGGGGCGCGCCGCCUGCGCAACAUCAACGGCAUCCUGGUGCAGCACCCGGACGGGGGCGGAGGGGGGAAGGAGGAGCCAGACUGCCUGGAGGUGAAGGAGAUCCCCAACGCGCCGCGCGGCCUCACGCACAGCAAGAGCUCCAAGGUGCGGCGGCAGGAGGGCAUCUCGCGCUUCUACAUCAUCCAGGUGGUGUUCCGCAACGCGCUGGAGAUCGGCUUCCUGGCCGGCCAGUACUUCCUGUACGGCUUCAGCGUGCCGGGCAUCUUCGAGUGCGACCGCUACCCCUGCCUGAAGGAGGUGGAGUGCUACGUGUCGCGCCCGACAGAGAAGACGGUCUUCCUGGUCUUCAUGUUCGCCGUGAGCGGCAUCUGCGUGGUGCUCAACCUGGCCGAGCUCAACCACCUGGGCUGGCGCAAGAUCAAGGCGGCCAUCCGGGGCGUGCAGGCGCGCCGCAAGUCCAUCUGCGAGAUCCGCAAGAAGGACAUGGCCCACCUCUCCCAGCCGCCCAACAUGGGCAGGACUCAGUCCAGCGAGUCGGCCUACGUCUGA